AUGAACAUUGACAAUCAGAGCCAGCCUGUUUACAACUACAAACACCUGGAAGGAGAUGUCAGAUGGAGACGUUUCUAUUCUGCUACCCACUACUUUCUGACCAUUGAUCAAUCAGGCCAUGUGAAGGGAACACGGAGGUUCUGCUCCGACAGUAUAUUCCAAAUCUAUUCAGUGAGUGUGGGGAUAGUUGCAAUAUAUGCUGCUGACAGUGGGCUGUAUUUAGCCAUGGACAAGCAAGGAAAAGUAUAUGGUGCGAAGGACUAUGGUCCAAACUGCCAAUUCCAAGAGCGUAUUGAGGAGAAUGGAUACAAUACCUAUGCUUCAGUAAAAUGGCAUUACCAUAAACAUUCAAUGUAUCUGGCAAUCAGUCUCAAAGGCCAGGCAAGAAGGGGGAGACGGACUCGUUAUACUCAACCAUCAACACAUUUCAUACCCUUGUCUGUGUGAUUCCGUAGAAGAGGACACAACCAUCUUGCCGCUUUUCUUUGUUACUUGAUAUAACCAUAUACUUUUUUUCACUUG